AAUUCCACAGCGUUUUCAUUGAGAAGCUCAACAGUCAUACUAAAUAUUGACGGAUGCGUUUUACAUUUACUUAAGCGUCUGAAGUAAAAUUAAAGCUGAAGCAUCUAUAGUUAAAGACCAUGUAGAGAAUAGAUUUCUUUUACUUUUUGCAGUUGGAAAUAUUUUGGACGAUCUAUACGGCAUGUUUUCUCAAGUGUAUUCCGAAAUGUUUAGGUUGAUAAGUAAAGUUGGCAUAAAAGAACUUGGAAGUUGACUUAAGAAGUUAGUUGUAUUUUAAAUAUGUAAAGAAACCCGUGUUAAGGAUGGAAUAGGAAUAACUAAAAAAAGAAACCUGCCUAGAAAAAACGAUAUUUUGUUCCACAUGUUAAACUCUUUGCGAUUUAUAAAAAAAAAAUUAAAAAGAUCUAAAAACGGAAAAGAUGUUUAUGGCUAAGCCAUUCUAUAUAGUGCACUCGUUGUGAUAUACCCUAAUGUUUAUUUAUAGAACAGCUAAAACGAUCUGAAAAAAUCUCUCAUAUACGAAUGCCUUAAAAUACCAACCGAUAGUGUCUGGGUAGAUUAAGGCAGGUCUGUCUAUCUGUCCGUUCAAUGUCUGUCCAUGUAUUUCUAUGUUCAAGCUACAAUGAUUGAUGAAAUAUAGCAUGUUGGUAUGCUCCGGCCUAAGGACGAGUACUAUUGAAAAUAGGUUUGGUUUUUCACAACUACUCCUUCUAUAAUAUAACGCCCCGUUUUGAAACUAUUCAAUGGCAUGCUAGGAUAAUAAUGGAACAUUAAAAAAACUCUUCGCCGCAGACAAGCAAGGCUUCCUUUUUCGUAACCCUCCCAGGAGAAUGAGGGGCAUAUUUACUUGGCCAAACCGUCUGCAACACGCAGAAGGAAACUAAGCACGCCACAUUUUUGAUCAGCGUUAAGUUAUAAGCCGAUUUAAGCAUGUGUGUAUGUACGUCUGCCUGCGUGAUGUCUGUGGUAAGCAUUCUCCUGCUCGCCAAGAGGAAGCUAUCCGUUUCAAAUUUAGCAGAAACAUUGGAAGUUCUUGCACGAAGCUUGGUAUUGGAAUUGACUCAAACCGUGAAAGGAUACGCCUAUAGGACAACGUAACCUGAGACCAGAUUGGUUAGCAUAACUGCGCGAAGCCCAUGCCCAACAGAAUCUGAAUAAAACGUAGUGGUUAUUAAAAAUCAUCGAAACUGACACUCGAGCAAUAUUUUUACAACAGAUACAGAUACAUAAAUGCGUACGGCGUGUGGCUAUGCAAUGGAUAUAAUUGCAUAGAUGGGUUAAUAUUCUUAACAUAAAUGUACGACAGAGCCCAUAAUUAUCCUGUGUUCUUAUUUCAAUGUGAAAAGGUGACGAUAAAAAAAUUCUGAAAACAUCUAUAAAAAACCCAUCAUUGAUGAUCAUAACUACUGACGUUUAAUAAUUAUCAUACUAAGUAGUAUAAAUAAUAAUAAAAUUUAAGUUGAAACAUGAUUUCAAAAAGCGAAAAGAAAAAAAGCAAAAAUAAAUUUAUAUCAGGUAAAGCACAACAAGAGUGUUCAUAUUGACGUGCGUCUAUCUAUCUCGCCUAACGAUCAUAAGGAUAGAAGAGAAGCUUAAUUUAAAUCUUAAAUCCUAAUAGCUGCAUUAAAGAACUAUAAUGUAUGAUAAUAAAGGAAACAUCAAUAAUAAUAAUAAUAAUCGUAAUAAUCAUACGGAAAACGGUAGCAUUAGCAGCGACAGAACCGCUAAUAGAACUAGUUUUUUCUUCACGAAUCUAUUAGGAGAAGCGGAGUGCAUUGAGCGGCUUAACAGAACAGCAACAAACUUUGAGCCAGGUAAAUACUGUCCGGGCACAUUCGAUGGUUGGCUUUGUUGGCCGGAUACAGCUGCUGGUAGCACAGCCUAUGAGCGUUGUCCUGACUUUGUAACCGGGUUUGAGCCUUCAAGAUAUGCCCAUAAAGAAUGUGGUCAUGAUGGCGAAUGGUUUAGACAUCCGUUAACGAACAAGACAUGGUCUAAUUAUACAAAAUGUGUUAAUAUAGAUGAUUUAGAGUUAAAACAUAGCGUAAAUCUCAUAUACAUAAGCGGAUAUUCUAUAUCGUUAGUGGCAAUUUUACUAUCACUAGCCAUUUUGGGUUAUUUUAAAUCUUUAAGAUGCGCUCGCAUUACUCUUCACAUGAAUCUUUUUAUAUCAUUUGCGGCCAACAAUUCAUUGUGGUUGUUAUGGUAUUUGGUUGUGAUGCCUGAUGCUGCGCUACUACACGACAAUCCGCCGUCUUGCAGAGCUUUACAUAUAGUGUUGCAUUAUUUCCUACUCACAAACUAUUCAUGGAUGUUAUGCGAAGGUUUCUAUUUACACACUGUCCUGGUGGCUGCUUUUAUUUCCGAAAAGAAAUUGGUUAAGUGGCUUAUUGCUUUCGGUUGGGGCGCACCGGCUAUUGUCAUACUUGUGUACGCUUUGGCUCGUGGUUUAGCCGGAACUAUCAAUGAUACUAUGCAUUGUUGGAUGAAUCCUGCAAAUUUCGACAAUAUCUUGGUUGUACCUGUUUGCAUUUUUAUGUUUUUAAACUUAAUAUUCUUGUGCAAUAUUGUGCGCGUAGUUUUGCUGAAAUUGAAUGCGCCAGUCAGCCUACAAGGUAGCUGUGGGCCUUCUCGUACGGUGCUGCAAGCGUUUCGUGCAACGUUACUACUCGUUCCUUUAUUGGGCUUGCAAUACAUAUUAAUACCAUUUCGCCCUCAUCCUGGACAUUCAUGGGAGCAUACGUAUGAGGUUAUAUCAGCAUUUGUAGCCUCUUUUCAGGGAUUAUGUGUCGCGACAUUCUUUUGUUUCUUUAAUAGUGAGGUUAUAGCUCAGGUGAAACGUAAAUGGCGUACGAUGUGCUUCAGCAACCGCCCUAGAGCCAAUUCUUAUACUGCUACUCAGGUCUCGAUGCGUUGAUUGACUUCUUUAAAGUUUUCGCCUUUAAUUGUGCUUUUAAUCGAAGUUUUACUUCAAACAGUUAUUAUGAUUAUAGUUUGUACGAUGCGGUUCGGCGUGUGAAGAGAAAGUAUGACUAAAGGAUUUAUCGGUGGCAUCCAUACGUAAAACUUCUAGUGCGGUUAGCCAUCAUCAUCAUCACUGGCAUCAUCGCCAACAUAGUAUGACAACGACCACAAAAACACGUUCACGGAGCAGCGUUGGAUUUUACCAACAACAACAACAACAUCAAGAACAACAACAAAAUCAAACUGCAUUUAGUAGUAUUUGGAAUUGUUUAAGGAGUAUGCAAUUAUUUCGACGCCACACCGCAGACAGAAGUCACAUAAGUGAACCAUUAAUGGAUGAGAUUGUAACGCUGUCAACAACAUCAGCAAAAACUUUAGAAAGGAACGAUACCACAUCGACAGCAAUAGUUGCAGCAGCAUCAGCAACGACUGCGCAAUCAGCGAUCCCAAUGCCAGAAAAUAGCUCGAUUAACGGCAGCGGGAAUAACUUGCAUAUAAAUUCAUUGACAACAACAGCUUUAAUAAAUACGCAUAGAGAAGAUGACAAUUCAGCCGACAAAGAUGAAAAUAAUCAAAAUCAAUAGGGGAGCAUCCAGUAAUCAGUACCUUAACAAACCACCAAAAACACGCUGUUACAAACCCCUUGCAUAAUUUCAAGUAACACUUACACCUACGAAAACAUAUUUGCUGGCAAAAUUAAAACUGUUCUCAUAUUUGCUCUCAUAAUGAAAAAUAAAUUAAAUUUUUUUUAAGCUGAAAAGUGUUGAAAUUUUUUUUUUUUGAUUGUUGAGUUUCUUU